UUGUAAUCGAUUCGUUAUCUCUUUCUCUCUAGGGCUCCUGUCUUCCUUCCUUUAUAACCCAAAAAGAAAACGGAAAAAAUGAAGAAAGAAACUUUAUAGCUUAAUUAAUCAGCAUGAAUUAUUGUUGUCGUCUAAGCUGCACCCAAUUCUCACUGUACAGAAACGGAUCCUUCUCUCAAGAAAAACCCUUUAAGGGUUUUUAGCAUUCAGUGCCUUUGUUUUGUUAGAUUUAGAUUAUUUUUUUUUGGAUUAAGAGUUUUGCAGUUUUUUUAUUUUUGUGGGGUUUAAAGAUUUAAAUAGAAAAAACCCAAAAGAAAGAAAGUGAAGAUGAUGAUGGAUGGGGGUGGCGUCGAGCGAACUCCCAAGAUUGGAGAUAACUCUACAGAAGACACUGUAUUCGAUGCAUCUCAAUAUGCAUUCUUUGGUAAAGAUCUUGUUGAGGAAGUUGAGUUAGGUGGAUUGGAGGAUGAUGAAGAGGAGUUGCCUGCAGUUGAUUUAGAAGAGGAGGAGUUUUUCUUUGAUAGACAAGAGGGUGAGGUUUUAAGAUCCCUAUCUGAUGUUGAUGAUCUUGCAAGUACAUUUUCAAUGUUGAACAAGGUUGUGAGUGGACCAAGCACUGGGAUAAUUGGUGAUAGGGGCUCUAGAGAAAGUUCAUCUGCUGCUGAAUGGGCACAGGGAGAGGAAUUUCCUAACUGGUUUGAUCAGCAGCUACUUGAUCCAGAUGGCGUUCAGGAUGGCAAAAGAUGGUCUUCACAGCCAUAUUACUCUACUGCUCGCCUUGCAGAAUCAAAGCCUCUGCACAGAACCUCUUCAUACCCUGAGCAGCAGCAGCAACCACACCACCAACACUACUCUAGUGAACCUAUUCUUGUGCCAAAAUCUUCCUACACUUCAUAUCCUAUCCAAGGUGGACGAUCUCCACAGGCUUCACCAAAUCACAGUCAUCUAAAUAUUCCAUAUCUUUCUGGUGGCCACCAGAUGGCAUUAUCUUCACCGAAUCUCCCUCCCUUCUCUAACUCUCAGCCUCUGCUAAGCGGCUUACAUCAUGGUGGGAAUUUGCCUCAGUUUAGUUCUGGUCUUUCUGCUAAUAGCCGGCCACCAAGCCAAUGGGUCAACCAUACAGGCUUAUAUCCUGGAGACCAUCCCAAUCGCAUGAACAAUAUGUUGCAACAACCAUUAUCUCAUCAAAAUGGGCUAAUGCCUCCACAGUUGAUGCCACAACUGCAGUCACAACAGCAUAGGCUGCACCCCUCAAUUCAGCCAUCAUUGGGCCAUCUAUCAGGGAUGCAUUCUCAAGUAUUUAAUCCCCAUAUCUCUCCAUCCCCGCCUAUGAUGAACAACUUCGACACAAUGCUUGCUCUCGCUGACAGGGAUCAACGACCAAAAGCUGCUCAGAAAGUUAGAGCAAUUAUGCGAUAUCCUCAGCAAGGAUUUGAUGCCAAUGGUCAGAAGAUUGAUAUUGGCUGGCCACAGUUCAGAUCCAAGCACAUGACCACUGAUGAAAUUGAAACUAUUCUCAGAAUGCAGCUGGCUGCAACACACAGUAAUGACCCAUACGUGGAUGAUUAUUACCACCAGGCAUGCCUUUCAAAAAAAACAGCUGGGGCGAAGCUCAAACAUCAUUUCUGUCCAACUCACUUGAGGGAUCUUCCUCCCCGAGCACGUGCUAAUAGUGAGCCACAUGCUUUUCUCCAGGUAGAUGCUCUUGGGAGAGUUCCUUUCUCUUCAAUUCGUAGGCCUCGCCCACUUCUAGAAGUUGAACCUCCAAAUUCAUCUGCUGGUGGCAAUGCUGAGCAGAAUUCUGUUGAGAAGCCCCUAGAACAGGAGCCAAUGCUUGCAGCGAGAGUCACAAUUGAAGAUGGUCUCUGCCUUCUUCUAGAUGUAGAUGAUAUUGAUCGAAUUUUAGAAUUCAAUCAAUUCCAUGAUGGUGGAGCCCAGUUGAGACACAGGAGGCAGGUCUUGUUGGAAGGGCUGGCAGCAUCUAUGCAAUUGGUUGACCCACUUGGCAAGAAUGGGAAUACAGUUGGACUUGCUCCCAAGGAUGAUUUUGUGUUCUUGCAAUUAGUAUCUCUUCCCAAGGGACGGAAGCUUCUUGCAAGGUACCUUCAGCUUCUUUUUACACGCCGCGAUCUCAUGCGGAUUGUUUGUAUGGCCAUUUUUCGUCAUUUAAGGUUUUUGUUUGGAGGUCUCCCUUCUGAUCUCGGAGCUGCAGAAACCACAAAUAACCUUUCAAGAGUUGUAUCUUUAUGUGUACAUCGCAUGGAUCUCGGUUCACUUAGUGCUUGUCUCGCUGCGGUGGUUUGCUCCUCAGAGCAGCCCCCACUUCGCCCCCUUGGAAGCUCAGCUGGAAAUGGGGCUUCCCUCAUUUUGAUGUCUGUUUUGGAGAGAGCAACUGAACUAUCAAAUGAUCCUCAUGAUGCUACCAACUAUAAUGUGACAGAUCAGGCACUUUGGAAGGCCUCAUUUGAUGAGUUUUUUGGCCUCCUUAUCAAGCAUUGCAUAAAUAAAUAUGAUAGCAUCAUGCAGUCUCAAUCAGAUUCAGAUCCAGCUGAAGCUAUCAAGAGGGAACUACCUAUGGAGCUCUUACGUGCAAGUGUUCCCCAUACUAAUGACUACCAGAAAAAGCUGUUGUAUGAUCUUUCUCAACGUUCCUUGGUUGGUCAGGAUGGUGGUAAUGGUGGCCACAUCAAUUCUCAAGCAGUGCUGAGUUAAUAUGAAGCUGCAUGAAAAUCUAAUACCAGGUCACUGAGAAACACAGUUCUAGUAAUGUGAAUAUGGCAGGAAUACUGUUGGAGCAGCAAUAUCACUGGGGAUUUGCUUUUAAUUUGAUGUCCACACUGUGACUAAUUCAGAAUACACGAACUAAAUGAAGCAGCAGGCUUCGGGAGCAACCUGUCAUAAGAGUCGGCUUAGUUUUUUAGUUUCAUUUUUUUUUUUUUGUCAUUUCAAAUCAAUUCCGUGCUCCUGCCUCUACAAAACCUGUAUAAGGCCUGUCCUCUGUUGUGAUAGAAUUCUGUUGGGUUUUUGUCACUUUCCCCCGUCCUCAUAGUUCCUUUUGUCUCGAGGGCCUAUUUUGAUGCUCUGUUGUGAAAUUCCUGAUAUUGAGAUGUAGUGGGGUAGUUUGUACAGGGUUUGCAAAAAGGUUUCCCGCUUUCCUCUGCUAUUUGUUAUCAAGGAGGUGGGGUGGAUAUGAUUUUCAUGUUCUAGUUUGGGCACUGUGACAUCCUAUGGCAAUAAAGCCAGGCAGGCGCUGGUGGCUGUGUUGUCGAACAGGGCAGCUAAGGAGUUUGAAUUCUUCUAGUAAUUACCAAGUUGAGCCUGUAACAUUGCCUGUCAGUUUUUCUCAUAACAAUCAUUUAUAUUGCAUUAAUGCUAUACUGCAUGCGUUUCUCCUAUUGCUA